CUCUUACUUGACCGAACUAAAACACCGGCUACACACGUCUCGGGGAGGCAGAAUGCAACUCACCAUUCACAUGUAAUAUCGACUUUUAUCGGGGUUUUAAACUUUCAAUCACCGCUGCAGUGGUGUGGAACAGAAUCAUAAGUCCAGUGUAAUACACCGAGGUCAAGUCCGAGUUAGACUGAUCAUCCAGGGGGAACUUUUAGCGCUGUUUGUAUCCACUAGUGCAUCAUUAGCUAAGCGAAAGGAAACAAUAAACUCAAGCUAAAUCAUCAAUAAGCCUGUUUUCUUUUACUCUCACGCGGGUCUUUUUGCUUUGAUCGACAUGGCUGCAAAUCCACCAGGACAAGCCUUUCCAAACAAGGCACGGGUGGCAAUCCUUGUUGAGCUAGAUAAGGAGAAGAGACGGCUGUUGCAGAGUCAAUCCAUGCACACUCCUGGAGCCAGCAUCUCGCUGUCCAGACCGAGUCUAAAGGAUUUCAGAGACAAUGCAGAGCAGCAACACAUCGCUGCCCAGCAGAAAGCUGCUUUGCAGCAUGCCCACACACACUCAACCGGCUUCUUCAUCACACAGGACUCCUCUUUCGGGAACCUCAUCCUCCCUGUCAUUCCUCGCCUGAGUCCUGAGCCUGAGUCUUGAGCUUUUUGUUUUUUACCUUUGCUCUUCCCUGCACCUCCUGCCCUGCGUCAGCCAAAAGCUUUGAAACAAACCAUGUGCACAUAAGACUCUUGUCUCCUCCACUUUCAUCUUUUCAGUCUCUGACUAAUGGACAGUCGUUUGUCAUGUUGUAAACAAUCGCAGGGAAGUGUGAAUUCACUUUACAUUUCCCAGAUUAGCAAACGGACCGUUGAAUAAAGCUCUCGAAACAGUUGGAAGAAGAUUCCAGAUAGCUAUGGAUCACCCUGUGAAGUAUUCUAGGGGGUUAAAACAGACUCUUCACAUCUACUGGAUAUCCUACCGUUGCUUGUCUCUGCAGUGCUCACAUGACUAGCCAUAAGGUGCACAUUUUUGACUUUUUCUCAUUUUGCAAAGACUUUGUAAAAACAUAAUAAAUUGUUACAUUUAA